UUAUUGUGUGAGCGAGUCGGCUCGUUAUAUUUUCUGAACUUAGUUGAUCAGACGGGUGUUCAGGAGUUAUAUCCUGUCCUAAAUCCAACUAGAAGGUCAACAUCGAGACCACUUGCCGGUCGGUCUUAUAUCAGUGUCUAAUAUUGAGCCGGGUUUCUGGUGUUAUUUCUUUGUAAAUACUGUUAUUUGUAUAUACUGUAAAUGAUGACAUCCAUGGGCGGGAACCGAGCCCGGGGCAGCUGGGAGCAGACACAGGGCCAGACACAGACCCAGACACAGCACAAGCAGAGGCCUCAGGCUACCGCAGAGCAGAUUCGACUUGCUCAGAUGAUCUCAGAUCACAAUGAUGCAGACUUUGAAGAGAAGGUCAAACAGCUGAUUGACAUCACAGGCAAGGACCAGGACGAGUCCAUGAUCGCACUGCACGAUUGCAAUGGGGAUGUCAACAGAGCCAUUAACGUUUUGCUGGAGGGUAGCCCAGACACUGACUCCUGGGAAAUGGUGGGGAAGAAGAAAGCGGUGUCGGGCCAAAAGGAAACUAGCCAGACAGAGGCAGGAGAGGAAGGAAAAGAGAACAGGGAGAAAGGAGGAGAGAAAGAAGCAGCACGUCGCCGAGGUGGAGCGCCGCGGAAGGGCCGCGGAGCCAGCAGAGGACGGGAGUUUCGUGGUCAGGAGAACGGCUUGGACGGCGGGAAGGCAGGAGUGGCUGGAAGAGGUGCAGAGCGAGGUCGAAGGGGCCGGGGCAGAGGAAGAGGGGCUGUUGGAGUAUCUGGACGGCGAGGAGGCAGAUUUUCAGCACAGGGAAUGGGCCAGAUUGAUAAGGGGCCCAGAUAUAUUGCAGGAAGUGAGAGAACGUUCAACCCUGCUGACUAUGCAGAGCCAGCCCAGACGGAAGAAAGCUACGGAGGGGGCAACACCUGGAACAACACACGGAGCGCGGACAUGGAGGAGGGAGCCCGGUUGGAGUACUCUGCAGGGGAGGGAACAAACUACCCACCCAAGUUUGACUCUGCUCCUGGUGCAUGGAGGACUGCCACAGAAGAGUGGGGAACUGAGGACUGGAAUGAGGAUCUUUCAGAGACAAAGAUAUUCACUGCAUCUAGUGUGGCAUCCAUCCCUCUCCCCCAAGAAAAUGUUACCAUCACCAAAGGACAGAGGAUUGACCUUGCAGUGCUCUUGGGAAAGACUCCCCCAACUUCCUCCUCAGAGACUGAAAAUCCCCCCAUGGAAGCCACGCAGCCCCCUUCCUUGUCCCAGUCACUUGUUUUCAGCAACUCCAAACAAGGGGUACUGCUGUCCCAGCCACCCUCCAGCACCCCUUACAGCCAGCACAGUAUGGCCAACAUGCUGAGCAAGGGUUUCGGGGAUGUGGGGGACCCAAAAGGAGGUAGCACAGGGACCACUGGUUCUCAGUUCCUGGAACAGUACAAAACAGCCCAAGCCCUGGCCCAGCUGGCAGCUCAGCACUCCCAGACUGGACCUCCCAAUACGGCCCAGUCCUCCUGGGACACCAGUACCACCUCACUGGGGCAGUAUGAUAUGAAGACUCAGUCAGAGUCUGCAGUCCACACACCCUUUACGAAGAGGCCCUAUCAGGCUGCCUCCUCAUCCUCGUCCAUGUUGGAUGUUUUCCUGCAGGAAAAAGGCCUGCCUCCUUCUUCCUCAGUCUCUUCAUCUUCUUCCUUACCCCAACAAACAGCCUCACCCCACGUGGUGCCUCCGUCUGCUUCUUCCCUUCCAAAAAUGGCAGCCGUUCCUCCUUUAGGUCAGCAAGUUUCUUCAAGUUCCUCAGAUGCCCAGGGUUCCAGUCCACUGCCUUUACAGCAGCACAAACUCAAACAGCAGAAGAAGAGGACUUCAAUUACAACAAAGAUUCCAGCAAUGGCAGUGGAGAUGCCAGGCUCGGCAGACAUCACGGGGCUCAAUCUUCAGUUUGGAGCACUGCAGUUUGGGUCAGAACCAGUUCUGCCAGAGUAUGAGUCUGCCCCAAGCACCACAACGCCAGCCAGCCAGGUUCAGAACAGUCUGUACACUAGCCCCAGCAGCGAGCCGAAUCCAGCUCUCUCUAACUCCAGCCAGAUGGAUCUGUAUGAUCAGAGAGCAUCUCAGACACGACACUAUCCUACUUCGGUCUCCUCCUCUCCUCAGAAGGAUAUGCAGUCCAAGAAUGGCUUCAAUUCAAUACAAGCAUCGCAAUCUGUGGAUGCUGCAGCAGGCUCUGCAGUGUCAGUCAAGCCGGCCCCAGAUUCGGUCACGCCAGCGUCAGUCUCCAGCAUGGGCACUUUGACAGACAGCAGUUCAGGCCCCGCCUCCUUGUUGACGACACCCAAUCAGACGUCCCUCGGUGCUCUGGGGCAUGGUGAAGAAAUGCCUCCAAGCACUAUCCCCCCCCCUCAGCACAACAACGCUCACCCAUCACAACAGAACAGUCUUGUGCCAUCUUCAGUCCGGACAUCCAACUCAGGCUUACUGCAUCCCAGUGUUGACGGGGAUUCAAGCUUGCACUCCUCCUUCCCUACGUCUGUGUCAGCCGGUCCCUCAUCGUCGGUCGUCCCCACCUCCUCCGUGGCGGCUGCUGCGCAGGUGUCCCUGGGGGCCCCCCAGGCCUCCUCAGUGGGCUCUGCCACAGUUUCAGCUCCUUCUGGUCUCAGUCCUGUCAACAGUCUGGCAAUGGGUCUCAACACUGCCGCUAUGGGUGCACCAACUGCAGCUGCCACGGUUUCAGUCUCCACGACCGUUGCAGCCAUUCCUUCUUCAGCUACUUCCUCCUCCACACGCAGCUCUGCAGCAUCCUCAGGGAAAGCACCUCCUAACCUGCCACCCGGAGUGCCCCCUCUACUGCCUAACCCAUACAUCAUGGCUCCAAGUCUACUGCAUGCCUACCCUCCUCAGGUGUAUGGCUAUGAUGACUUACAGAUGCUGCAGACAAGAAUACCACUGGAUUAUUACAGCAUUCCCUUUGCAACUCCCACGACAGCACUGACGGGCAGAGAGGGCAGCCUCACAAGCAACCCCUACUCUGGCGACUUAUCAAAGUUCGGUCGAGGCGAUGCAUCGUCCCCAGCUCCAGCCACCACAUUAGCUCAGACGCAACAGAACCAGACUCAGACACAUCACACCACACAGCAGCCUUUUCUCAACCCGGCACUGCCGCCUGGCUACAGCUACACGAGCCUCCCAUACUACACUGGCAUGCCAGGCCUGCCCAAUACCUUCCAGUACGGACCUGCUGUGUUUCCGGUUGCUCCUACCUCGUCAAAGCAGCACGGUGUGAAUGUUGGUGCAUCAGCCACACCCUUCCAGCAGGCUAGUGGCUAUGGUUCCCAUGGAUACAGCACUGGCUAUGAGGAUGUGGGCCAGGCUUCAGGGAGUGGGGAUUUCUGUAAGGGCGGAUACGGCAGUGCCGCUGCCGCUUCUGCACAAAACAAGCCAGCCAGCUCUGUCACCGGGCCUGGAGUCGGAGUCUCUGUGACGUCAAGCAACACAGGCGUACCGGACAUUUCAGGGUCUGUUUACACAAAGACACAGUCGUUUGAUAAGCAGGGUUUCCACACUGGCACGCCAGCAGCGUCGUUUAGCCUGCCCUCCGCUUUAGGGAGCGGGGGACCCAUCAACCCCCCAGCUGCUGCUGGCUAUGCCCCGGCCCCAUUCAUGCACAUCCUGGCACCGCACCAACAACCCCACUCUCAGAUUCUGCACCACCACCUGCAGCAGGACGGACAGAGCGGCACUGGACAGCGCAACCAGAAUGCCUCUAUUCAGCAGAAGUCUCAGAUCAACAAGUCUGGAUACAACAGCUACAACUGGGGGGCAAACUAACAUCUGCUGCCGGAGCCCCUAAUGCCACUGAGCGAAGCUAGGAGGGGGCUCGUCACUCCUUCCGCAAACAGUCUCUACAUAUAAACCCCCUCAUCCCCCUCCCCAGUCUCUGGGCCCAGCACUCCUGCAGCUCUGACCGCGGUCGGAGGUGGUGCUGUGCCGAGAGAACGAGCACUGGUGAUGGUGCGUGGGCAGGAGGGAUGCGGAGGAGAACAGAGAUUGGAUCUUAAAUGGUUGUAGAAAUACACCGUUAAGGUGAAAUAUUGAGUGUUGGGAAUUUGUAUUAUGUUAAUUGCCCUGCCCUGACCUCUUUUUCUUUGACCUGUAUGUAACAUAGAACUGUUUUCUAAAGGAGUGAACUUUUCCUGUUUGUUUUUUGUUUGUUUGUUUCCCCCUCUUUUUCUUAUUUUGCUGAUGGGGAGGAAUGAAGGGAUACCUGAAGGUGGGGGGACAGGCUGGUUUUGUAUUUCUCACCCUCAUCUCCCCACUCCUUGAUUUUGAUCUAGCCCUUCCCACUCACACAAAAUGCCCGAACACAAAGAUUUGCUUAAUUUAAGGUUUAGUUGUUGUUUUUCUUUCUUUCUUUUUUAUGUAAUUUUAGGGUUUGAAGAACAAUUCUCUAAAUUGGUAGAGUUGUGAAGUUUAUUUUUUACCAAAUAUAGAUAUAUUAUAUAUAAAGACGUAUAAGCAAGCUCACUGGCUUGGACUGUGAGGAAAGUGUGUUUGUCAUGUGACUGCGUGCAUGUUUGUACACACGGGCCGUGGUUGUGUACUGUGCUUAGUUUUUUGCCUAGCACAGAUUUUUUUCAUUAUCCAGCACUUGUACAGUAACUGUUCCCAUGAAAUAUAAGUAUGUUCCAUAAAGGCCCCAUUUUUAUUUUCUGCAAUAUAUGUUGAGAAUAAAUUCUAAGGCCAAUACACACCCAAUCUGCCUUCACAUGUUGUUUAUUUGCCCCGCUUUACCACCUGUCCCCUGAUAGUGAGGAAACCUGCAGCAUUCAAUACUGAUGGACAGAAUUGUACUAUGGGAUUUUUGUCAGUGACUUUUUUUUCUUUUCUUUUUUUUGUACUGUGCGUUUUAAAAAUUUAAAUGGAUAAAGUUGUCUUGUACAUAUAUAAAAAAAAAACAUGAGUACUGUAGUUCGUUUGUUCGAUGGCUUUCUCUUUUCCCUUCUCGAACCCUUGCAGACUUGUUAGUGUUUUGUUUCAUAUUUUUUUUUUAUUUUGUAAAAAUAUAAAUAUUAAGUAAAUAAACAAAAAGGCAUUUUCAUCAUUUUGGAUGUGGAUGUCUUUUAAUAAACUUUG